AUGGAUGUUAGUGAAAAUAUGGUCACAACAGGUGCAGAAUUUCAUUAUAAACGUAAAGAGCAGCUUAUGGACGCCAAGGAACUUGCACAAUGCGAAGAAACGGAAGAUGGAAGAAUUCAAAUAAUUAUUGAACCAUUAGAAAAUGAGGAUGACACACAAAUAUGCAGCGCGGAACCUGUGCUUAUGCCAAAUACUUCUAAAACUGGAAUUAUUUUGCAGAACCUUGAACUGUACCGGCCUCAUAAACAUAAUAUGUCGGUACAGUCAGUAGUUCAUGUAAAGGAACCGGAAAAAAUAGAUUUAAAUGAAAACAUAUCAGAUCAUUACGCAGAGGAACAUGCAGUAGUUUUACCAACCCAGUCCAAUAGUGACGACCUUCAGCCAACAAUAACGGAUAUUAUACUAGAGGAACAGAUGGAAGUCAUACGGAAAUCCUUAGAAGGUGAUGAUGUCGAACUUAUCACACCUCCAAAUACUAAAUCGAGUGGUCACUGCAAAAAAUCAACUCCAACCUUCAUAGCUGUAAAAUAUUCGAUGAAAGAGGGGUCUGAGUCCGAAUUGAUUCAAGUCUUGGGUAAACAAAAAACUGUUAACACUAAACUAUACAAGACAAACUUGCCAAUUACAAAAACAAAGUAUAACGACUUAAAAAAACUGUGCGAGACUGGCGUUAUCCCAAAAAUAUUUCAGCGAGAAUAUUUAAACUUUAACCAUCUGUAA